AUGUUCGGUCUUCCUUUCUUUGAUCCAACGAGACCCCCGCCACCAGCACCUGCUAAGAGUGAAGUUGAUUAUUUGAUUGACCAAAAAUUUGUGCAAACCUUUCUAACUAAUAAGCACCAAAUAAAGCAAAAGCGACGACCAUCAGCGUCAAUCAGUGAACUCAAAACCAAAAUAACCAGCCUCGUCAGCGAAAAUGAAAAUUUAAAGAUCGAAAAGGAAAGACUGGAAAACGAGAUGAAUUCCUUGCCUGAAAUGGAAUGGAACGCAGCGGUCGAUCGAAUGCAGCACAUUCAGAAGAGUGUAGAAAAAAUCGCACAAGAGUUGGACGAUUCUAAAAUGCUCGAGCAAUUCAAACAGAAAUUACACGCACGCCGGAAGAAGCGUGCCUGGGAGAAGCGACGAAAUGCGCGAUUAAAGCAACAAAAACAGGAGCAGUUGGCUAAUCGGAAACAAUUACACGAAAGGAUAGCUGAAUGGCAGCAGGACCAACGAGCAUUGUUAGAUGAAGAAAAACUAGCCCAGCAGCAGUUAGACUAUGCUGGCAACUUUCUAGCAGAUGUACACCGACGGAAAGGAGCUUGUAAAAGGCACCUGGCCAAAUUUGACAAGAUGAUUAAGCAACGGCAUUCGGAAGGUUUAUCUAACGUAAAAGAUGACAGCGAUAAAAAAUUUGAAGCCGAGCUAAGCGAACUAACAAAAAUCUGGAACGCGAAGCUAGCAGACUGCAUCAAGGAGGAAAAACGUCUGAAAGAUGUACUGGCGAGACGAUCUGCUGCCAAUUUUCAGCGACGCGUGGAAAACGAAUGGAACCGGACCCUGUUAGGUGAUACUAUACCGAAAAAAUUUGAACAUCCACUGCUUGAAGCGGAUCGUGAUCGAGACGCGUUAAUCAGAACCCGUUGGGCUUGGGAUGUCUGUCUGGUUGGGGACGCUGAUGAAGAUUCGGAUGACGCGAGUUCUAUUCCAUUGGGAUGGGUUCUACCGCCGCUCGAUCCCGCACCGGAGUGGGCGGAGUAUCGCGCAAAAGAAUCGAUCUGACUGCAUAAUGCAGUCGGGUUUGUUAUGUAACAAGUGUUAGAGAUAGAAUAAAGAUAUGUAUGAUUA